AUUUGAAUGAACGUUUCACGUUUCUCUGCUGCGAGAAUGGUUCGUAAUGAUCAGUUGACGUCGCAGGUGCAGAGGAAUGAUCAACUGAGGAGUGUCUUUAGUCCCGGACUCCAACGCAAUUAUAAAACGGAAGAUGUGGUAGCAGCGGCUAACAUUUAUCAAAAAGGAUUUAACGAGGAUGGAACGAAUCAUACGGAAACGAUGAUGAAGAGAAUCAUGGAGCUACUUGGCAGGCUGAUCCUGAACGAAGUGCAGAGGAAGACUUGCGUUUCCUUGUCACCGGAUAUGCGAGAAUUUUUGGGAUGGAUGCUGGAAGUUGAUCUGGAGGAAGAAUCGUUGGGGGAGGCACCACCGUUACCGUUGGUUCACGAGGUCACUCCGAAACAAGACUCGGGACGCAAAUUUCUUUUUGAAAAUCCCGGACAAGAAGAAAAAGAAAAUAUUAGCAAUCUACAGAAGGAAGUUCAAGUAUUGGAAACUCUUGUGGAGGAAUACAAUGCGUUGACUGCAAAAGAGAAGACGGAAGUUCAGACCAUUUACGAUUAUUUGCUUCAACAGUUAAAUCAGCUUCUGCAACAUAUUGAAGCGCGGGAAGCAGAGAAAAGAAAGCUUGCAUCUAUAUCCACUGGAGCUGCUAGAGUUGGAACUGGAACUAUUCUGCAAUAUCAAAACGCAAUGCCCAAUACGACUAAUGCGACCUACUCUAUGAAGAAAAAUGCAUCUUCUUCGCCGAUUGACACACAUAGUUUUUUCCGAUCCAACAACACUUCGCUUAAAAUGAUGGAUAGACAACUCUACAAUAAUCACGCUGCCUCAUCCUUAUUUCAUCACAGAGAAACGCGCAACCUUGAUAAAGUCUUAAAGCAACGUCACAAAAAGAAACGCCAGAAGAUUCACAAUCGCAAAAAGAACAAGAAUCACCGGAAGUCGAUGCAAAAACGUCGCAAGCAUCAAGAUCACACCGGGUCAUUGCCGAUGCACAGGAACUCGCGACGAAAGCGCGCGGACCUCGAGGAGAACGAUUGGGAUUCGUUUUAUUUAGGCUACGAGGCGCCAACAAUUUACGAUUCAUUCGAGUUGCUCGACGCAAAGUUGACAGGGAAAGAAAAGAAGCGGAAACGCGAAUUGGCCGAUAAGGGAAGCGUGGCGGCCGAGAAUGACGGGACGCUCGAUUCGUUACCAAUAAAGGGGAAGAAUCGCUUGGAGGACGAAGUGAUACUGCUCAACAAGCGGGAAGCCUGGAAGAGGGAGAACGAGGAGCAACUUGAGGAGAUCGCCUUUGGCAAAGAUAUGAGGAAUAGCACGCGGGAGAGGGAAAGGUUCGAGAAAUUGACGGGAGGAGAUAAACGGAGGCCGAUCGAUGAGAUCGGUUCCAGAACGAAGCGAGAGGACGUGAUUCGCGAGACAUCGGCCAUACGAAGCGUAGAUCGUUCCAGUAACUCUUCUGCAGCUUCCAAAAUCGGUAAUGGCGAAUCGAAAAAAAAUUCGACGUCGAAAGAGGAUAACGUUGCAAGCAGCGAGGACCGACUGCGAUUGGUCGAGCGGAGGAUCAAUGUUUUCAUGGAUAACAACAAAACCGAUGCUGCGAUUGAUACGACGGCCGCGGAAGUCAGCACGGGAGGAAAGUUGGCGAUAAACGGGGCGACCGAUAACCAGGUUAAGGGAAAACUUCGUGCUAUAAAUUGCGAAACAAAAAUUGACAAGGCGAACGGAAACGCGAGUUUCGUAAACUUGACGAGCGACACGAGGCCGAGAGUCUCGAAGGAGCAACGGGAAGUCCAGAAAACGGAAAGAGAGACGGAUGAUAACGCUGUAAAAUUAAACCGAGCGACGAACCAUCGAAGCGAGGAAAUAGAUCCUGAAGUCGAGCUGAAAAAUCUGAGACAGCAACGGGAAAGGGGAAUUUAUGGCGUCGCGGAUUGGAGGGCGACCGACUUGUUUUACGAUGAUGAUAAUCUUCCCAGAAAUAAAUUACGGGGAAAAUACGUGGCUAACUUAGACGAACCAGACGACCUAGAUACGGGUCCCAAGAAUAAUUUGGCGCUUCUAAGAUUAAGAAGUAAGAAACGGCCGAAUGACGUGGUCGAAUGGAAACUGGUGCCGGUGAUAAGGAGGUCGCCGUAUCGUGAUGUUGGUGCUUCGUCCAGAAUCGGUUUAACAGAAAGGAGAGUACCUGUAUUAAGCAAUGAUAGAAACGUGAGAAUUGACCUUUAUUUGGACAGCCCGAAAUUUUGGCGACUGAAACAUCGCAGGAUGAGAAACGGCGCCCCUAAUAUCUCGCCCAUGUUAAGAAUAAUAGACGACGAGGAUAGUUUCUCGCUCGGAAUUCCGCCAAAAACGAAAAGAGCAAUUGAAAUAGCGGGAUUCAAGGAUUUACAAGUAAAUCCGAAAAUGCUUGUCAAGCAAAAGCUAUCUAGACUGAGGAACAACAAAAGGUCGGAUGGUAGUCGUGUUGUAGGAUUUAGAAUGUCUUCCGCAUGGAAUGAUCUUAAUCGCAAACUCCGCAAUUUACCGCGAUCCCGUGAUGAUCUAGAACUCGGCGAUCAGGUGAUUUACGACGAUGGGGUUGGUCUGCAAUUGCCGAUUUGGCCGUAUCAGUAUUACAUCAAUUUCGCGCACUCGCCGACGACCUUUCACCUCGUCCCGGAUAUCCUCGGGAGAAUCAGCGACACGUAUCGGUACCCCGCGCGAGCAUAUCUCGAGUAUGGCCCCUUUAAAGGGCGAACUCGCAAUUCGGACCAGCGAGUUGCGAGGCGAGAUGGAUUUCGCUUGGGAAGCUGGAAAGAAGCCACCGAUUUUCCGGCGGAUAAUUUAACAAACAAGAGCUUAAAGUCCGGACUUGUGCACGAAAAGGUUCCCGUGAAAACGGAUGAAUCGGCUCGCGCGAAUCGCGAGGAUUACCCCGCGCCCGUCGAGAUGAGGUAUACCCCAGGGAAAAUCAGGGAAAAUAACGAAACGAGAGCGAGAUUGGAAAAGUAAGUAUUUCGGGCAACGGAAGGAUUUAUCCGCGGAUAAUAACUUUUUUAAUUAAAGACGCGUGAUGUAAUGUGAUGUGAUACGUGGAGCAACGAUCAACCGAGUUUGAGAAAUGAAGCGAAGCGGUAUCGCGGUAAUGAAUCCGAUUGUCUCGUGAAUUCGCACGCGAGGGAUAUUUUGCGACGUAGCGCAAUGUCGCGCCGCGCAUUCGGGUCGAAUUGCGCGGCGCGAUAAUUGUCAAUGAGCGCCUAAAUAAUUUCAUCAGAUAAAUCGUCGAUGCGCGUUAUCGUAAUUGACACAUUCGUCCUAUCUGCUCGCCAGACGAGCCUGUGAAACCUCGUAAAUCGUCCUAGCUCGCUGGGAUGACGACCAGAGUGUCGUCGCGUGUUUCCACACACGCACCAUCGUUCCCGCUAAUCCACCUACGCGAAGACCGCCGAUGCAGUGCAGUUAAUGGCGCUACCCUCCAAUAAUUAGAUUAACAGAUCGAAAAUUAAGAGACUCGAUCUAUGAAUCUUGCAGCGUUAAAUUGCAGUUUAAAUGAAACAGCUCGCACGCAAAUCUGUUGAACGUUCUUCUUCAAGAGAAAAAUUAUUAAAUUCGUGUAAAUAUUUAUUAGACUUUUUAUAUUAAUUAUGACAAUACUAUUUUUUAUUUUUAACCACUUUGAUUGUAUUUAUCCAUAUUUGGAAAAAUCUACGAAUGUUGAGGUAAGACAGAACGUAGAUUAUCAUAGCGCCGAAGCUUUGUAUGAUUUUUAAUGAAAGAUAUACUAAUAAACUAUUUAUAAUAAAA